GAGACGUAAGUUGAGUAGACGCAGGCAUGUGGCUCGCUCGCAUUUCUGUCCCGAUGUGGGUUUUUCCAACACUUGCAUACCUUGUGGUGGCCGCAAAAGCUCAGACGUACUUAGUUUGCAAGAUUCCACAUUCCCACAAAUGCACGAUGUGGCGCUACACUCAAGAUGAAAACUCUGUUGACGUUUCAUUUGGUCGCACAGCUAAAAGUUAUCUUUACUGCGGAUUUACAACUAUUAACCCUCGAAAAUUACAUCGAAAGAUUAUAUCGAUUGAAUCAAUAAGCUACCAUGGAUUAAGGAAGACACUGAACUGUAAGCGAAUAGAAGAGGCUGGUGAACUGAACAAUUUGCAGGAACUGGAGCCACUGAGUGGACUACCACGAACUCGGAGGCAGGCACCCUACCAUCCCCGUGGACGGUAUCGAGGGCAAACACAGUCACAAUACUUAUCUAUAGAUCGGGGAGGGAAGGACGAAGGCAAAGCUGAAGCCCAGUCAGCGGCAGAUACAUCCAAAGCCAGCGUCAGUGGUAGCAGUGGUAUGGGACAAGCUCAAAGUCAAUCUAUUUUUGAUCCAAGUUGUGAUGACUGUUAUGGAAAAGCAGCACAAGAUGAUGAAAUUCUAAAACGAGGUCCAUAUAAUCCAGCCGGAAUAACUGGUGGUCAAAACCCGAAUUGGGUUGGCGGUGAUCAAACACCAGGAGUAUAUAACAAUGGUUAUCCUCACAAAACGAGCAAUUCUCCUAGCCAAAAUCGUCGUGGACCUAAUCAAAACGGUCUCUCUUUAAGUCCUGACGGACAAGUUGUGGGAAAUUUGCAAAACCCAGGCAUUAUAUAUGACGGCCCUGGAAAAGUAUAUGGACCAACAAGUGACUAUAGCUCCAACGGGUUUGGACCAACUGGGAUGGGCACAAAUGGUCAAUAUGGACCUGAAAACAUUCAAGGUAACAAAGGGUCUAAAUCUAUUAACACACCAGAUACAAAUACAAAUAAUGGCCAGAAUAUAAAAAACGACAUAAAUGGCUUUCAUCCACCAGGUCGCGGUAGUAAUCUGCCAAAUUCAAAUAUCGAAAAUGGACAAGACACAGGAUACGUUCCACAAUUUAAUAACGGCUAUCAAAAUGGUCCUACAACUGGUCCAGGAGGAUAUAGAACUGGAGGUGGUGGAUUGGCCUUACCUAACCAUGUCACACCAGGUUAUAUAUCUGGUCAACCCGGAAACAGAUAUGGUCAACCAAUAGCUGAACAAAGUGGCUAUAUUCCUAAAUCUCCCGCGAGUGAUGCAGUUUACGGGCCUACAAAUAAUGGUUAUGAUAUCCCCGGACAAACACAGCCACAUCAUGGCUAUGAAUACCCGUAUUCAUACCAAAAUCCACAACAAACAAAGCCAACGGGAGAAUAUGAUCCAAAUAUUCGGUUGACUAAUGGUAAUUAUAUACCAAGACAAAGCAAUGGUGAUGGAGAGUAUAAUCCUCUAAAAUCUAAUGGCCAUAAUUUAGGUCAAAUCACACCAGACGGCUAUUACAAUCCAAUACAAAAUAACAGAAAUAAUGUAUUUAGACCAGGAGAAGUUGAUAUGUCUAAUGGAAAAGUACCUAAUCAAGAUGGAUCACUGCCCCCGGGUCAAUUAACUGUUCCUAGCAGCGGGAAUAAUAGACCGGAUAGUCAAACAUCGGGAGGGUCAAUUGAUGUAUCACCGGGUCGCACCCCUUAUUCUAGCAACGGAUCCCCCACUAGCGUUCAUACUAAUCCAAAUAUGAACCAAAACCUUCCAUCACCUGUUCAUGGAAGUCAACCUAAUUGGCAAACCGCAUCUGGUCCAUAUAAUGGACCAGGGGGGACAAAUUAUUUUUGUUGCGUACUUCCAAGCGGUCAAAAUAUGCCAAGUUCGAUAUAUCCUAAUUACUAUGGACAAGGAAAUGGACCAUCAUCUACAAAUAUACAAAACGUUCCUAACAAUUUAUUAGCAACUGGUACAGGAUCACAUGAACCACGCCUGGGAGAGAGUCAAGGUUCACCAUAUCCCUCAGUAGGCGGAGGGCAACAUAUUCCAGGAACUUUAUACAAUGAUUUUCCUUUACCAGGACAACAAAAUAAUCCUAAUACUAAUGUAAAUCCGUAUACACAGAUUCAACAAGGUCCUGGUGAACAAAGUUCAUAUAAUAUUCCUAAUAAUGGAGUUAACAACCGUGCUAAUCCAAUUGGAGGAGGUACAAGAAAUUACGGCCCAAGUCAAAUUGAUACUUUGGUGCAGCGUGGACAACCAGGUAGAAAUAAUGGUAAUGGAAAUCUUGCUGGUACUGUAAGCGAUAUUCCAUACAAUUCGGGGAAUCAAGGAGGUCCAAGUGGAGCUGUAAAUAAUAGAUAUGCACCAGGAACUUCAGAAAUAAACUAUGGUACAAGAUAUCCAACAGUAAAUGGGCAUAGGGGUCCGUAUAGCGUAGGGCUUGGAGAUUCAGGGAAUCAAGGAAAUCCGUAUGCUUCUGUUCCAGUAGGACAAAAUUAUGGACCUGGUAGUCCAGUAAAUCAAAAUGGGCCUGGUUCAGUACAUACAGGAAAUUUUAACAACCCUUAUGGAAAUGUUCCUAACCCAAAUGGUAUUAGCGUGCCUGGACCAUAUACUGCUAACAGCCCCGGAAGUUCCUAUUUAGGUUCUAGAAGUGGUGUACCUGGAGAACAAUCCAUGGCUGGGAAUGGGAAAAUUGAUACAACUCGCUUUAAUAUGGAUGCCAAUGUACCAACUAACUUUAAUGCAGGACAAGGUACCCCCAAUGAUAACCGUGGCCUUAAUCAGCAACUUCCAGGUUAUGAUGCUAUGGGUUUAAAUAAACGUCCCAAUAUUAAUAACCCUUCCUAUCCUGUAAAUGGGGUGCUAGGAACGGCUGAUCCCCAAGUAAAUAGUCCGUAUGGUGGACAAGACGUUAGUAAAAAUAUGGGACCAAAUGGACAAUUUCCAUAUAGGGAAUAUGGUACAGGGUUAAACCCUCCAAUUGGAACACAAGCUCAAGAGCAAUUCAAUCCACAAAAACCUAUUAGUCAAGGCUCCAUGGGGACUGGGCCAGGAUCUGUAUCACAAAAUGGAUACAACGAAGAACCACAAAACUAUAUCGACCCUAACCUAGCAAUUGCUGAUGGCGAUGGAUCUCAAGCAGAAGCAGUUGUGUCUCAAGCAGCUAAUGGAACUACUGCAAGUGCAUCAUCAAAAGGAGGGAAUGAGAAGGAGCGAGCCCAAACACAUGUACAAGGUACAUAUACAGGAAGUGGCUCAUUUCAAGCACAAGCUCAAAUAGCUGGAGACAAUAAAGAAGCUGAAAGUGAAGUGAGCGGAAGCAAGAAAGGGGCAUCAAGUUCAGCAACUGGUAGCGGUCGUAAUAAUAAAUCUCAAGCUAAUGUGCAGUUAGGAUCUGAAACCGGAUCAGUACAAACACAAUCUCAAAGCAGUGGGGCGAUGCAUUCAUCUAACUCGCAGGUUCAAGGCAGCGUAAAAGGGGGCACGGCAGAUGCGCAAGCACGAGGGCCAGGCAGCACAUCGUCGCAAGCACAAAUUGGAUUCACUCCAUUCAAAGACGGUGACAAAUCACACGAUCUUCAAAAGUCACCCUUCGUCGGAGGCGGAAUGGCAUCAGCUCAAUCUAGUGGAAGGACCGGACAGUCUCAAUCUCAACUACAUGGAACGUUUAAGUAUGGGAUCAGUUAUAAUGGUGCUGCACAAUCCGGCGCUAGUCUUGAUAAAGACGCUGUAUUUGCUAAUAGAUUAUCCUUUGAUAAAAUCGAUGUUUUCGAUGAAAAAGAAAAAAAUAUAGACGUCGAUAAUACAGAGGCCCCUCAAACAACUGACAUUAGUAGUUCGUCUGAACCAAUUCCAUUACCUGACCUGCCUGCAGUUGAGGAUCAAACAAGAACAGAAAAAUCUACAGAUGAAAGAUUAAGUUUGGACGGUACUCACCCGCAUUCUGAACAUCAUAAAAUCGAAACAACACAAGCGCCGACCGAACCCGCAGCCCGGCGUUCAUUCACAAACAACAAUAAUAAUAGAGCCGACUACGAGUACUCCACUGAUAAAGAUGACAACCAACCAUUUGAAUAUGAUGAAGGAUUUAUGCCAGACGGAUCUGACGGCGGCGAGUCAAACACUGGAGAUUACCCUAACUACGACGAAUACCCUAAAGAAACACAGACUCAUCAAUCUCUAAAAACUCCAGAUAAAGCUGUAAAAGUGCGACAGAUCACUGGUGGUAACACACAACACAUAUUACUCGGGUCGCUGAAAGAUCAAGACGCUGAAAUAACGCAAAGGAACUCCGAGCGCCCGGAUGAGGCACGUGUCUAUCAGCCCGGCGAAAGAAUUCCAGGAACCGGGGGAUACAGUAUACCGAUUGGCUUCACAGGAAGUGUGAGAUCAGUGGCGUCGAAAGACAAAACUUACGUUGAAGGAACACAAGAGUCCCCCUCACAAGCGCAGAGUGUAAAGCUGACUCCGGGCUCUGGCAAACUGAAGUACAAACCUCAGAGCUACAACAGGUACGUGCGUCCGUCGGACCUUCGGUCGCUACAUGGCAAAGACGACGGCAGAUACCUUUCUGUGUCUAAAUCAGUAACACGAUCUUUAGACGAUCAGAACAACAUAAGGAAACAAUACUCUCAUACGUAUUAUACUAAAUCUUCCUCGUGCGGCUACUUUACUUUUACUUGUACAAUGGUCAGUAGCGCUGAAGGAAAGAAAAAAGUAUGUAAGCCAAAGAUACCAACGAAUCCCGACGGUACACCUAUUAAAUGUUGAUAAUAGAUCAUAAAAAUUUAAGCGAUAUUUACUAUAUAGUUAUCAUAAUAAUUAUAGCGUAUAUAUUUAUAUUUAAUAAGUAGUUGUAUUUUUAGGUUUAAUUUUAACAAUAUUACAACACAUUAAAAGAUGUAAAUAGUCCAGUUUAUUUUAAGUGUUUAAAGGAAAUUAUAAUAAAUAUUAUCAAUAUAAAGUUUUUCUUUA